GAUCUGCCUGCUUCUGCCUCUCGAGUGUUGGGAUAAAGGCGUGCGCCACCUCGCCGAGCUAGCCACAUUCUUUUGACCACUCGAGUCAUUGUGCUUAUCUUUCUCUGUUCCCCAUGGAGCAUGAGCUUCAGGGUCUGGACCGUGAGGAUCGCCGUGCGACCCCAGCUGACUAAGCGGCCCAGGAGACAGCGCUCCCCCACCUCUCUCCCUGUUCCGCGACGAGUGCAUAAGGAGGGCGGUCCACGCGCGGGCCGAGCCCCCCACCUCCACGCCCCACGCCUGCCAGAAACUCCGGCUGGAGAGAGGAGGGGACAAAAGGAGGACGCUGCUUAGUUAGCUAGCAUCCCCACUCCAGGGCAAACCGCUCGGCGACAGCGGCCAGGUAGGCUCCACCUUAAGCCAGAGGCCCGCCCCACGACUGUACACACCCUUUGGGCUCGGCUGCGCUCCCGGCAUCCCUCACGCGUGGACGCUGGGCUUCCGGACCUGGGCGGAGCCCGCGGGUUUGGCCGAUUGCGUCUUCCCGGUCCAAGCCUUCCAAGCACCCGGUGCCAGGGGCCAUGGAGCCCCGGGCAGUUGUGGAUGCUUUGGAGGCGGGGGAAGAAGACGCAGUAGCAGAAGCUCUGCAGUCGUUCAACCGGGAGCACUCCCAGAGCUUCACCUUCGAUGAUGCCCAACAGGAGGACAGGAAGAGACUCGCAAAGGUGCUGGUCUCCGUACUAGAGCAGGGCUUGUCACCAUCACACCGUGUCACCUGGCUGCAGACCAUCCGAAUCCUAUCGCGAGACCGCAGCUGCCUGGACUCAUUUGCCAGCCGCCAGAGCCUACAUGCACUAGCCUGCUAUGCUGACAUCACCAUCUCAGAGGAGCCCAUCCCACAGCCCCCAGACAUGGAUGUCCUCCUCGAGUCUCUCAAAUGCCUGUGCAAUCUCGUGCUCAGCAGUCCUACAGCGCAGAUGCUUGCAGCAGAGGCUCGCCUGGUGGUGAGGCUAGCAGAGCGCGUGGGACUGUACCGCAAAAGGAGCUAUCCCCACGAAGUCCAGUUCUUUGACCUGCGGCUCCUUUUCCUGCUGACAGCCCUUCGCACUGAUGUGCGCCAGCAGCUGUUUCAGGAGCUGCAUGGUGUGCGCCUGCUGACUGAUGCACUGGAACUGACACUGGGGGUGGGCCCCCAAGAAAACCCCCCGGCGGUACUUCCGGCCCAAGAGACAGAGCGGGCCAUGGAGAUCCUCAAAGUGCUCUUUAACAUCACCUUCGACUCUGUCAAGAGGGAGGUGGAGGAGGAAGAUGCUGCCCUUUACCGGUACCUGGGGACCCUUCUGCGGCACUGUGUGAUGGUUGCUGCUGCUGGAGACCGCACAGAGGAGUUCCAUGGCCACACUGUGAAUCUCCUGGGGAACUUGCCCCUCAAAUGUUUGGAUGUCCUUCUCGCCCUGGAGCUACACGAAGGAUCCUUAGAGUUUAUGGGAGUCAAUAUGGAAGUAAUCAGCGCCCUCCUUGCCUUCCUAGAGAAGCGUCUGCACCAGACCCACAGGCUGAAGGAGUGUGUGGCACCUGUACUGAGCGUGUUGACAGAAUGUGCCCGCAUGCACCGUCCUGCCAGGAAGUUCCUGAAGGCCCAGGUCCUGCCCCCUCUGAGGGACGUGAGGACUCGGCCUGAGGUGGGGGACCUGCUUCGAAACAAGCUUGUCCGCCUCAUGACACACCUGGAUACAGAUGUGAAGAGGGUAGCUGCUGAGUUCCUCUUUGUCUUAUGCUCUGAGAGUGUGCCCCGAUUCAUCAAGUACACAGGCUACGGAAAUGCUGCUGGCCUCUUGGCUGCCAGGGGCCUCCUGGCUGGGGGCCGGCCCGAGGGCCAGUACUCAGAGGAGGAAGACACCGACACAGAGGAGUACAGGGAAGCUAAGGCCAGCAUCAACCCUGUGACUGGAAGGGUGGAGGAAAAGCCACCCAAUCCUAUGGAAGGCAUGACAGAGGAGCAGAAGGAACAUGAGGCCAUGAAGCUAGUGAACAUGUUUGACAAGCUCUCCAGGCACAGAGUCAUCCAACCCAUGGGGAUGAGUCCCCGGGGUCACCUUACUUCUCUGCAAGAUGCGAUGUGUGAGACUAUGGAGGGGCAGCUCUCCUCAGACCCUGACUCAGACCCUGACUGAAGAUGGCGGCGACUUUGCUCCCCUUCAGAACUGGUGCUGCUUCCAGACGUGUCCUUGGGGUGCUGCCUAGAGAAGCCACACUCCUCUCCAGCAGGGGAGCCUCUCUCUUUACUCCCCACACUAUCCAUGAUUUGCCUUUGGUCCAGUUUCUUGUUUAAGACUGUGGUAGUCUUACGCUCUGUGAAGACUGGGAAACCACCCUUAAUUUCCACAAGCGAAGUUGUUUCUUUGAAUGUUUGCCAAGCAUAUGCCAUGGCUGCAGACACAUAUGGCCUUGGCACAUCAAUGAACAUGCAUGUAUGAGGGUGGUGACUGAGUAGGUGUACAUUGUAUAAGCAUGUGUGGGCUGGCAUGACAGCCCAGAGCCCAAAUGUGGAGCAUAUGCUGUGUUUCACACAUGGAAGAACCUAUUGGAAUGGUUUAAAUAUGUCAAAAACACAGAGCAUCACAAUUCCUAUUUGUGGCCCCACUGAGCACAGGGCCAGUGGCCUCUUGAACUCUUCUUGGUCCUGGCUCAGCCACCACGGCAUUAUCCACAUACCCAAGCCUCACUGGUUGUGAAAGCUGAGUCAGUCACAACCACUGGUUUGGUAACUGUAUGAAGGCAAAAGGUGUAAGACAAGGUAAAAGCUGACAUUUCUAAAGCACAGGAUAAAGAGGAGUUUGGGACAAGAUUGUCUAUCUGUGAAGUAGCCAGGUGAGAGUUUAUUAAAUAGAAACUAAUUUCAUUCUUUGUGGAGUUAAAGAUAUCCUAGAUCACUGUGCAUCUGCUGUCAUUGGAGAACACAAUUAGGAGACCCCCAUUCUCUGGAAUCUGUUGUCAGCCCCAUCAGAAUGGGUGCAGUAUCAGGAGGUACUUCUACCUGGGAAACAGCCCAAACUAUGUAUGUGGGUAGGAGCCAAGGAGGAAGCAGCCUGCACUUAAUCAUAACUGCACAUCGGACAGGACAGAUAAGGGACCCAUGGGAUUUCCCAGAGUAAUGCCUGCCACUGGUUUUAGCAUUGUGACUGGCGAUGCCUGGGUGGAGCAGUGGGAAGUGGCUUAGGAAGGGCUGGGCAGAUGGGAUUCUGAAGGACAUGGGUAUUUCUAAGGGACUGCAGAAAAGGAGCUGAGUUAAUACCAGGGUGAGUCAAGGGACAGAUGGGCUCAGGUUUAUCAUCCAAGAGGAGGACACCCACAUAACCUGAAAUGUUAACCCUUUCUGUCCUGAAGAGACAAACGAGAGGAUACCAAGUUUUUAUACUAAAAUUUAUUUCAUGCGAGAAAUGAAGAUGUUUUUUAGUCAAAGAUAUCUCUGUAGAGACUGACAUGGUAGAUUACCCUAGUGCAUCACCUGGGUCUGGUGAUGAUGGACUUGGCUGUGCUGCCCUCCAGAUAACCGUAAGGACCACUGCCAGAAAGAAGCAUUCUGCACUACAAGCUUCAGCAGUGAUGGGACAGAGCACACAUGGACUCUUGCAUUCUGAUGCCGUGGCCCCAAGGGUGAACAUCCCUGGUCAGUCUUUACAAAGGCAGCCUCAGAAGACCACUAACCAGGUCCCACGUUGUGGUUUGGCCCAGAUUUGUAAACCUGUCCGAGCUGUUUUCAGGCAUGAGGUCUCCCUGGAAAGAGGAUCUCCUGUGUGACUUUCCCACAGGUGACGAAGUCUUAUCUGUCCUGUCCACCCAGCUGGAACAGACAGGAGGUCAGUUAACUUCACACCCAGACAGGCUAACGUCCUAGACCAGAUCAGUCCUUGAGGUCAAGCAAAAUAUUUUAUGGAACAGGCAUUUCUCUUUAAAGUGAACAAGAAAAGGGGUCCCAUAAGGCCUAGUACAACAUAGGUGGCUAAAUAAAGACUGUUUUCCAAGAAAUGGCACCAGCAUACAUUCAGCCCUAAGAGCCAAAUUCUGGAACAAAAAGAUAAUAAUACUGGUGGUUGCAUCUCAUCUGUGGAAGCAGUAAAUGCCAAGGCUUGUCCUUAAUAUACCUUGCUUCUCUUUGGUCCAUUUCAUUAAGAGCUCAGACUAAAUACUAGAGGCUGGGAGCUUUUGCCAGUUAAGGUGAGAGACAGCUGGCCAUGGCCCAGAGCCACAAGACAGAUGAGGGGCUGGAAUUUUCCUGAGAUUCUAUCUUGGCAACAACAGAACAUCAAUUGUGACAUAUUCUGGUGAAAUCCUCUGGGCAGUUCUGUACCUGUCUAUAAUCAUAGAAUUUGGAGAUGAAUGCUAGUGUUCCACUAUAGAAAAUAAACACAUAUAACAUUA